CCCGGAGUCUUAUUAAUUUCUCUGUGGGGCUGCAGCUGGAGACCGCGGAGCGUUGGAAAUGACGCUCGGAGCUUUAAUUACCGCAGCCGCCGGACAAGUGUGAGGAAAGCUGACAGGAAAAAGAAGGACAGGAUCGGGGGAGAAGCGAGAAGCUUCCCCCCCACCGCCCUCCCAUUCCCUCCCAAUUUGGACUGGAGGUGCAAGGAAACUGAAAAGGGAGCCGAACAUAGCCCGGCAGGGGGGAGAGGCCGGAAACCUACCGCCUCUUUGCAAUCAACUUUUUUUGGAAACCUUUUUCCCCCUUCCUUUUUAUUGUUGACCAACCAGUGAGAGAAAGUGAGGAGGGAGCGAGAAAGCAAAGGCUCACACAGGAGCAUAGCUGCACAGUCCGGCCCGGAGCACCAGGCGCACACACUCGAGCACACUCCCACACGCGCACACCAGCGCGCACACUCACCCCCUCCUCCGGUCCCCGGCCCUGGACCCGCGGGCGCUGACUCGGUCGCCCCUGCUUGGAGCGGGUGCACCGCGCAAGUCGCGCGCCUGUGCCCCUCGCGCCCCCAAGCGCGCCUGGCUGAGGGAUCUCCUCCGCGUGCCCGAAAGGGGAUAUGCCAUUUGGACAUGUAAUUGUCAGCACGGGAUCUGAGACUUCCAAAAAAUGAAGCUGGCGACAGGACUGUGGGUCUGGGUGAGCCUUCUCCUGGCAGCGGGGACCGUCCAGCCCAACGCUUCUCAGUCAGUGUGUGCAGGAACAGAGAACAAGCUGAGCUCUCUCUCUGACCUGGAGCAGCAGUAUCGAGCCUUGCGCAAAUACUAUGAGAACUGUGAGGUGGUCAUGGGCAACCUGGAGAUAACCAGCAUCGAGCACAACCGGGACCUCUCCUUUCUGCGGUCUAUUCGAGAAGUCACAGGCUAUGUGUUAGUGGCUCUUAAUCAGUUUCGUUACCUGCCUCUGGAGAACUUGCGCAUUAUCCGUGGGACAAAACUUUAUGAGGAUCGAUAUGCCUUGGCAGUAUUUUUAAACUAUAGGAAAGAUGGGAACUUUGGACUUCAAGAACUUGGACUGAAGAACUUGACAGAAAUCCUUAAUGGUGGAGUGUAUGUAGACCAGAACAAAUUUCUUUGUUACACAGACACAAUUCAUUGGCAAGAUAUUGUUCGGAAUCCAUGGCCUUCCAACCUGACUCUGGUGUCAACAAAUGGUAGCUCAGGAUGUGGACGUUGUCAUAAGUCCUGUACUGGCCGAUGCUGGGGACCCACAGAAAAUCAUUGCCAGACCUUGACAAGGACGGUAUGUGCAGAACAGUGUGAUGGCAGGUGCUAUGGGCCCUAUGUCAGUGACUGCUGUCAUAGAGAAUGUGCUGGGGGCUGCUCAGGACCCAAGGACACAGACUGCUUUGCCUGCAUGAAUUUCAAUGACAGUGGAGCAUGUGUUACUCAGUGUCCCCAAACUUUUGUCUACAAUCCUACCACCUUUCAACUGGAGCAUAACUUCAAUGCAAAGUAUACAUAUGGAGCAUUUUGUGUCAAGAAAUGCCCCCAUAACUUUGUGGUGGAUUCCAGUUCUUGCGUACGUGCCUGCCCUAGUUCCAAGAUGGAAGUAGAAGAAAAUGGGAUUAAAAUGUGUAAACCUUGCACGGAUAUUUGCCCAAAAGCUUGUGAUGGCAUUGGCACAGGAUCACUGAUGUCAGCUCAGACCGUGGAUUCUAGUAACAUUGACAAAUUCAUAAACUGCACCAAAAUCAAUGGGAAUUUGAUCUUCCUUGUCACUGGUAUUCAUGGAGACCCUUACAAUGCAAUUGAAGCCAUAGACCCAGAGAAACUGAAUGUCUUCCGGACAGUUCGAGAGAUAACAGGUUUCUUGAACAUACAGUCAUGGCCCCCAAACAUGACCGACUUCAGUGUUUUUUCUAACCUGGUGACCAUCGGUGGAAGAGUGCUCUAUAGUGGCCUCUCCUUGCUUAUCCUUAAGCAACAGGGCAUCACCUCUCUACAAUUCCAAUCUCUAAAGGAAAUCAGUGCAGGAAACAUCUAUAUUACUGACAACAGCAACCUGUGUUAUUAUCACACCAUUAACUGGACAACACUCUUCAGCACUAUCAACCAAAGGAUAGUAAUCCGGGACAAUAGGAAAGCUGAGAACUGUACUGCUGAAGGAAUGGUGUGCAACCAUCUGUGUUCAGGCGAUGGCUGUUGGGGACCUGGCCCCGACCAGUGCCUGUCCUGCCGUCGUUUCAGCAGAGGAAGGAGCUGUAUUGAGUCUUGUAACCUCUAUGAUGGGGAAUUUCGAGAGUUUGAGAAUGGCUCCAUCUGUGUGGAGUGUGACCCCCAGUGUGAGAAGAUGGAAGACGGCAUCCUCACCUGCCAUGGACCGGGACCUGACAACUGCACAAAGUGCUCUCAUUUUAAGGAUGGCCCGAACUGUGUGGAAAAAUGUCCAGAUGGUUUACAGGGGACAAACAGUUUCAUUUUCAAGUAUGCUGAUCAGGAUCGGGAGUGUCACCCAUGUCAUCCAAACUGCACCCAAGGGUGCAUAGGCUCAAGUAUUGAAGACUGCAUCGGCCUGAUGGAUAGGUGUAGCGGUCCCACUAGUCAUGACUGCAUUUAUUAUCCUUGGACGGGCCAUUCCACUUUACCACAACAUGCUAGAACUCCUCUGAUUGCAGCGGGAGUCAUCGGCGGGCUCUUCAUCCUGGUCAUCGUGGGCCUAACAUUUGCAGUUUAUGUUAGAAGGAAGAGCAUCAAAAAGAAAAGAGCCUUAAGAAGGUUUCUGGAAACAGAGUUGGUAGAACCUUUAACUCCCAGUGGUACUGCACCCAAUCAAGCUCAACUUCGUAUUUUGAAAGAAACUGAGCUCAAAAGAGUGAAAGUACUUGGCUCAGGUGCUUUUGGAACAGUUUAUAAGGGCAUUUGGGUACCUGAAGGAGAAACAGUAAAGAUUCCUGUGGCUAUUAAGAUUCUUAAUGAAACAACUGGUCCCAAAGCCAAUGUGGAGUUCAUGGAUGAAGCUUUGAUCAUGGCAAGUAUGGACCAUCCACACUUAGUCCGGUUAUUGGGUGUGUGUCUGAGCCCAACCAUUCAGCUGGUUACACAGCUUAUGCCCCAUGGCUGCCUGUUGGACUAUGUCCAUGAACACAAGGAUAACAUUGGAUCCCAGCUGCUGCUUAACUGGUGUGUCCAGAUAGCUAAGGGAAUGAUGUACUUGGAAGAAAGACGGCUUGUUCAUCGGGAUUUGGCAGCCCGAAAUGUCUUAGUGAAAUCUCCAAACCAUGUGAAAAUCACAGAUUUUGGACUAGCCAGACUCUUAGAAGGAGAUGAAAAAGAAUAUAAUGCUGAUGGAGGAAAGAUGCCAAUUAAAUGGAUGGCUCUGGAGUGUAUACACUAUAGAAAAUUUACCCAUCAGAGUGAUGUUUGGAGCUACGGAGUCACUAUAUGGGAACUGAUGACCUUUGGAGGAAAACCAUAUGAUGGAAUUCCAACCCGAGAAAUCCCAGAUUUAUUAGAGAAAGGAGAACGUUUGCCCCAGCCUCCGAUCUGCACUAUUGACGUUUACAUGGUCAUGGUCAAAUGUUGGAUGAUUGAUGCUGACAGUAGACCUAAAUUUAAGGAACUGGCUGCUGAAUUUUCAAGGAUGGCUCGAGACCCUCAAAGAUACCUAGUUAUUCAGGGUGAUGAUCGCAUGAAGCUUCCCAGUCCAAACGACAGCAAGUUCUUUCAGAAUCUCUUGGAUGAAGAGGAUUUGGAAGACAUGAUGGAUGCUGAGGAGUACCUGGUCCCUCAGGCUUUCAACAUCCCACCUCCCAUCUACACUUCCAGAGCAAGAAUUGACUCAAAUAGGAGUGAAAUUGGACACAGCCCUCCUCCUGCCUACACCCCCAUGUCAGGAAACCAGUUUGUAUACCGAGAUGGGGGGUUUGCUGCUGAGCAAGGAGUGCCUGUGCCCUACAGAGCCACAACCAGCACGAUCCCAGAAGCACCACUUGCUCAGGGGGCUACAGCCGAGAUUUUUGAUGACUCCUGUUGUAACGGCACCCUACGCAAGCCAGCGGCACCCCACGCCCAGGAGGAUAGCAGCACCCAGAGGUACAGCGCUGACCCCACAGUGUUUGCCCCAGAACGGAGCCCACGAGGAGAGCUGGAUGAAGAGGGUUACAUGACCCCUAUGCGAGAUAAACCUAAACAAGAAUACCUGAACCCUGUGGAGGAGAACCCUUUUGUUUCUCGGAGGAAAAACGGAGACCUUCAAGCUUUGGAUAAUCCCGAAUAUCACAACGCUUCCAAUGGUCCACCCAAGGCAGAGGAUGAGUAUGUGAAUGAGCCACUGUACCUCAACACCUUUGCCAACGCAUUGGGGAAUGCCGAGUACCUGAAGAACAAUGUACUGUCUGUGCCAGAGAAGGCCAAGAAAGCAUUCGACAACCCUGACUACUGGAACCACAGCCUGCCACCUCGCAGCACCCUUCAGCACCCAGACUACCUGCAGGAGUACAGCACAAAAUAUUUUUAUAAACAAAAUGGACGGAUCCGGCCUAUUGUGGCAGAGAAUCCUGAAUACCUCUCUGAGUUCUCGCUGAAGCCAGGCACUGUGCUGCCUCCUCCGCCCUACAGACACCGAAAUACUGUGGUGUAAGCUCAGCAGCGGCUUUAAGAUAGAGACACACCCGCUCCAAUUUCCCUGCCGCCUCUCUUUCUCUUACGGUCUUCCUCCUAUCCCCAAGGCCAGUAGUUUUGACACUUCCCGGUGGAAGAUAUAGAGAUGCAAUGAUAGUCAUGUGCUUAUCUAACUUGAACAUUAGAAGGAAGAACUGAAAGAGAAAGAUAGGAGGAACCACACUGUUUCUUCAUUUCUCUGCAUGGGUUGGUCAGGAGAUUGAAACAGCUAGAGAAGGACCAGCAAAUAUAAGGCAACACUGCCUGCUAUCAGGCUAGUUCUCAAUGUUUUCUCUUUUU